GUGUAAGCUAAACUGAUGAAGGGAGAAAGAGAGCAAAAAUUGAUCUCCAACGUUGAAACCUCAUCUACAAAGUGUUUUCUAUAUAUGAAUGUGAUCCCUUGGCGGCAAUAAUGUCCACGGCUUCGGUCUCCGGCUUCUGCCUCUCUUCCAAUACCACCUCUCCUUCUAACUCACUCCGGCAACCCACAUUGCGGCGGCCCUCUAUCGUCGCCAACCUCAACUCUUCCACUUCUCCUCCUACACUCAUCCGAAAUCAACCAGUUUUCGCAGCACCUACUCCUUUGCUCACUCCUUCCAAUUGGAAAGAAACCAUGGGAGACCCGUCAUACGAGGAAGCCAUUGAAGCUCUCAAGAAACUGCUCAAUGAGAAAGGAGAAUUGAAGAGUGCAGCGACGGCAAAGGUAGAGCAAGUGACAGCUGAGUUGAAGACUGCUGCUUCCUCCGAUGAGUCUGUUGACCGCUUGAAACAAGGCUUCAUUUACUUCAAGACUGAAAAAUACGAAAAGAAUCCUGCUCUGUAUGGUGAGCUUGCCAAGGGUCAAAGCCCAACGUAUAUGAUAGUGGCAUGCUCGGACUCAAGGGUGUGCCCCUCUCAUGUUCUAAACAUACAACCAGGUGAAGCUUUCGUGGUCCGCAAUGUCGCCAAUAUGGUGCCACCAUAUGAUCAGAAUAAGUACUCUGGAACCGGAUCUGCUAUCGAAUACGCAGUUUUGCAUCUCAAGGUGAAAGAGAUCGUGGUCAUCGGACACAGUGCCUGCGGUGGAAUCAAGGGGCUGAUGUCAUUCCCGUACGACGGAACCACUUCAACUGAUUUCAUAGAAGAUUGGGUUAAAAUUGGGAUGCCUGCAAGGAAGAAGGUUCAUGCAGAAAAUCGUGGGGAGCCCCUGGGGCUUCAAUGCACCUUUUGUGAGAAGGAAGCAGUGAAUGUAUCGCUUGGAAACCUGCUAAGUUAUCCAUUUGUGAGAAAUGGGCUGGUCAACAACACCCUAACUCUAAGGGGCGGAUACUAUGAUUUCAUCAAAGGAAAUUUCCAGCUCUGGACUAUUGACUUCCAGCUCAGUUCCUCUCUCGCACUAUGAUCUGUAUUUUUAACAUAAUAUAUGAGAGAAGAACAUGCAAACUUCAUCCACUUAAAUCAAUGACACCCUCUUUCUUCCUUAUUUCUGCAUCUCUUUGUUUCUACUACCAUCUUUGUUCAUGAUGGAGAUUACUGUACAUUCUCCAUUACAUUUCCUUUACUAAUAAACUAUGUUCCAUAGACUUGUUCUAUUUUCUCUAA